AUGGAUCCAGCCCCAGAGAUGAAGAGGAAUAGGUUCCCCAGCAUGAACUUUGAAGCAGAGAUUCUGACAGCUCCACACGAUAAUUCAGAGCUAUAUGUGGCCCCUUCCAUGAGAAGUCUCACUGCUGAGGAGUACGCAGAGGCCUUUAAGACAUUUUUGGAUCAUUCAACAGAACACCAAUGCAUGGAUGAGUUCAACAAGGAAGAAAUGCCCAACAUCAUGGCUAGUCUCGGCAAUGGAAAAUCGAUGAUAAAUGUCCUGGGAGUUGGAAGUGGCACAGGUGAGCAGGAUUUGAAAAUGAUCAGGAUACUGCAGGCUGCACACCCAGGGGUCUUUAUUGACAACGAAAUCAUAGAGCCCAACCCGCAGCACGUGGCAGCUUACAAAGAGUUGGUGAAUCAAGCUCCAGACCUGCAGAAUGUCUCUUUUAUUUGGCACCAGCUCACUUCCUUGGAGUAUGAACAACAGGUGAAAGAGAAAGGCGCACACAAGAAAUUUGACUUCAUCCAUAUGAUCCAGAUGCUGUACCGUGUGGAGGAUAUUCUCAAUACUAUCAAGUUUUUCCACAGCUGCCUCGACCAUCAUGGUAAACUCCUGAUCAUAAUUUUAUCAGACAGUAGUGGAUGGGCCAGCCUAUGGAAGAAGUACAGACACUGCUUGCCUUCCACCGACAGUGGCCACUACAUCACCUCCAAUGGCAUCACGGAUGUUUUGAAGAGACUCGGUGUUGAAUAUCGCGUUUAUGAGUUCCCGUCAGGCUGGGAUAUCACCGAGUGCUUUAUCGAGGGGGACCCAGUUGGAGGCCGCAUGGUGGAUUUCCUGACGGGGACAAAAAACUUCCUGGGCACGGCCCCACCGGGGCUGCGGCAGCGGCUGCAGGAGGCUCUUUGCCAGCCCGAGUGCAGCAGCAAAAAGGAUGGGAGGAUCAUCUUCAGCAACAACUUGAGUAUGAUUGUGGUUGAAUCCUAG